AUGUAUAAAACAUUUACGUCAUACAAAAAGCACAUUCAUCGGCAUCAUGAAAAUUUACUUCAUCCAGUAUGUCAACAACAAGAAAAUACCGUUAUUAAUGAUAUGAAUACAUUAGCAAUUCAGCAACCUGAUGCAACAGUUAUAUAUCCAGAUACAGCUGAUAAUAAUCAUGACAAUGUUAUAUAUGCAGAUUUUGAUGACGAUCUUGAUAAUCAAUGGAACACUCUAACAACAAAUAUUUCUAGUAAAGAUGAAAAAAUAAAUCUUCUUACAGUUCAACAACAAUUCAUCCGAUUUUUACUUGAAAUGAGAGAAAAACACAUUUUGCCUCAAACAGUGAUCCAAUUCAUUACAACACAUAUAAUCAAUUUACUAGAUAGCGUAGUUGAGCUUGUAGAAGAACAAGCAAAACAAGAAAACAUGACUCAACAACAAUCAACAACAACUAUUUCUGUUGAUGGAAUGCGCAAAACAGUAAAACAGAUAGAACAAUCAAUUAUUCUCUCAACUCGAAAUGAAUAUCAAUUUAUACAAUCUUGUCAAAAGUUUUUCAAUUAUUCACCACCUAUAGAAAAUGUUUUAUCAUCAAAUCAUUUGAAAAAAGAAUAUUCAUAUCAUAUACCUAUACGAAACACUUUAGAGAAAAUUUUACAAAAAGAUGAAAUGAUACCACUUCUAAUUGAUAAUAUUCAACAUCAAACUUCAAUAACACAUAAUGAUCCAGAUUUAAUGUUUUCAAGACGGGACGGUGUUAAAGGUAAAAUAUUUAAAAAUCAAUCAUUUUUAAUUCAAUUAUAUGUCGAUGGCAUCGGUGUCACAAAUCCGAUAGGUCCGAAGAAGGACCAACACAAAUUGACACUUGUAUACUUCAUGUUAGAAGAUAUACCGAAUAUCUUUCGGCACCCUAUCAUUUCGUCCCAUUACUUUUCGUCCCCUUACACUACGUCCCAUUCAUUUCGUCCCUCACUCGUUUCGUCCCUUUUCAUUUCGUUCCAAAUUCAUUUUGUCCCAGUGUCAUUUCGUCCCAUACACUUCGUCCCAAACUCAUUUUGUCCCUUUGGACAAGUCGUUUGUGACAAUUCUGCUUAAUAUACAACGUCAUGU